AUGGCUCUGAGUUCUCCAGAACGGAUUAACUCUACGAAGACCGAUAUGAUCAGGACGAUUGGAGAAAAAGAUAAGAAUCCUUUGAACCUCCUUUCCAAGGUGCCACACUCGGUGGACAAGUAAAAGCUUGGUGACCUCCGAUCUUUUGACGCACCUUGGUUGAUAAUAGCGGCUAAGUCUUGUUUUCGUCUUGACAACUCAGACAAUCUCUGGGUGAGUCCAUUCCCUAGCUUUCCCCUGUGGGACAGGAUGCAGUGAGGAAACAAGUCAGCGCUUGUUACAAGGUGUAUAACACCAUCUACCUGCCCACCUGAGGGAAGGUGAAACAAAGACGGUCGACAGCCCGUCAUACAACUGCGAGACAGUGUACAGUGUUAGCACCAAUGCAGUCUGCAUGCGAACAUAGAGGUCCGCAAGUGGUGACGAACGCGUUUGAACCGAACGGACCCAGUUGAAUAAGAAUUUGACAGUUUCCUCGUGCACUUAACCUACGAUUAAUCACCAAAGAAAGAUGGGUCUUUGCAAUAAAGUGUGGUGGUAGAGCGCUGAUUACACAGUGGUUUCCUAAUUGAAGUUGCCGGACGUCUUUAUAAUAGGGAAACAUGUUACUGUACUUGCACGCAAUUAAAAUCUAUGCUGUUGUCGUUACUAUAGUCCUUAGUUCCGUUGACGAGACUGUAUUACUAUGAUAUACAAAAAAUGCAUUCUAUGCAUUGUUUCUGCGUCAGCACAUGCCCACACAGUAGCGUAUCCAGCUAAUUAGUGUAGCAGCGUUCAAAGUAAUUUGCACUACACUAACGCAACCGAUAACAAAGCAUCCGUCAUAUAACGCUUUCAUGUCGCUUGACCAUAUAGCUACCAUCGUUGACUUGUCAUCGAGGCAUGCUGCACUACCCACAGGGGGCGACAUAUUUUUCCCCGAUGAAAUUAUCCGCAAAGUCAAGGGAGACUGGGAGGGCCGUUUCUAUUAAACCGAGUUUGGUUGGUCUGUAAAUCGUCCGCCCUGUGGUCAAGGUCGCGCGUAAAUGAUCUGCCUGUUGUGGCCAAGAAUAUUUAAAGCUAUGUGACGUGGAUGCAUACCGAUCCGACCUAAUUGUGAGUCGGAAGCCAGAACCAACUCAUCGUUGAUAGGUCAAAAAGAGCUGACCAUUGACUUCCACUAAGAAAAGAGCAAUUUAUAUGCGAAGUAUCCUCGACAAAUUCAGUGGACCAGCUGAGGAACAUAUAUCUGUUCCCAAUGAGUUUUCGUCUAGUUGGGGCAGGUAGAUAGCUAAAUACUAGCCGAUUAGUUCGGCUCCUCUACUAAAGCUUCCCAGUCGAAUCCGUGACUCAUCGGUCCAAAUAACUUUAACCCACUGAGAAAACCACGCUCGUUGUCACGUAGUUCAAAGGAAGCAGACUCGUCUACGGUUUCCAUCCAUCCGCGUCAAGUUCAGUAGGUCCUUCUAUCUUCAACCGUAUAUGUUUGAAAACCUCCAGAGUACGGACAAAGGCCUGAAUUGUGUCUUUACAUUUUGGAAUGGAAUAGGAUAUGACCUGACUACAGCCGCCCGUGAUCUUAUUCUGUAUUGAUAGACGACCGAGACCCUGGCCAUCCCAUGUUUUCAUUGGUUUGCCCUCCAACCCUCGAUCGCUUGCUGCACUUGCUACACGGGGAAAGCUGGGGGACCCACUGACGAGCUGAACCCCUCGCCGCUGCGUCAGGCAACGGCAUAAGACCGACGAAACACGCGUGUCUGGGCUUUUAGCUAAUACCUGUGUUGUUAGUACGGUAAAUCAUGGCACAUUUCCUUUCUCUGUCAGAUGGCACGAUGUCUUCGAAAGAAUAUUUGUGCUGCAGAGAAAACAAAGUAUCGACCACUUCACGUGGACAGGCCUUGCAGAACGUCCAGUUAGCCAUCGUGAGCGAAGUAUUCGUAGUUGCACCUGACGUGGAACGCAGAUGUACUUCUAGAUGAUCCAGACAGGUAACUAAGCGGGGGGGUCGUCUAUUUUAUGGCCAAAUGCAUAGGGUUAGGACGGGUGCCAGCUGUCUGUGAUCUAAAGGCGUAGGAAGAGGAGAGUAUAAAACAGUCGUUAUAUUUCAAUGAGUGGACAGUUCUAGAAAAUACUUUACAUUUCUUUGAAUUAAUUCGCUCAUUACGCCGCCACAGGUGGUAGUCUGAUAACCUAAGGUUUCUUAUCUGACGUAAUUUCGCGGUUUCGCUGUCGUUUGGUUAUAAGAUUGAAGAUAAGUCGGUCUGUGAAAAUGCCUUAAUUAACUAAUUAGGAUUUUUUCAGUAGAGCCACAAGGCCCUUCUAGCCCCUGUGGAAGAACAGCAGAUUAAAUCAUACUUCUAAAGUAGAGACACAGUUUUGUUGAAAUUCGUAUCACUAAUCAGGCCUCCUUCCGAUAUAGGCCCUUCUGAAUUGUGCAUUACCAGACUACAUACUCAGUUGUCAUCCGAAUAUAUGCUCGUGCUGACCCGAUAAGUCUUAAUUGAAAGACGGUCAUGUUCGUCAAGUUAAUUUCUAAAAAUAUGUUGGCAUGACGACACCUCUGUUCCGGCGUCAAUUCUUCAGAGCGUCAUAAAUCAUCGACCCAAGUAUAAGGCAAGGAACCGUUGGAGAAGUUUCCGAAUUGACAAUAUACUUCUUACUCAAAAUGUUAGUAAGGAAACAAAGUUUCCAAUUAGUUUCAUCCAUAAAGGACCGUCUGUUAAAAACUUUGAAAAAAGUAUUCUGCUGUUCCCAUACAUUGCUUUGGAGGGGGCUACCUCGUGCGGAUGGGCGACGAGCAGAUACCCAAACGACUCUUCUACAGAGGCGACACGACGGGUUCCCGCCGACAACGAGGUCAAGUCCAUCGAUACAAGGCCGCUCUGAAAACGUCUCUGAAACGUCAGCAGAUCGACCCAGCCAACUAGGAAGAUCUCGCCCGAGACCAACCGACCUGGAGGAGGACAAUGAAGACAGGCGCGGCGAUCUACGAAGCCGACCGCAUCACCGCCGCCAAAGCCAAGCGGGAGGCUCGCCAAUUCCAACGGCGCCCACCUCACAACGCCAGCGCUCAACCGCAACCAACAUACUCACGAUGUUAGCGGACGUUCCGGACACCAAUCGGCCUUGUAGGACAUCUUCGUACCAACCACAGCACCCGGAGUACACCAGCUGCUGUCUCCUCGUCCAGCUCUGUCUUAUUCUCCACGCUGACAACUAACAUUGACCGCACUCCCGAAUCCCCACUAGCAUCCUCCCUCCUUUCCCUCCCACUCAUCCUUUUAUUCCUCCUACUACCCCUCCUCCUCCUCCUCCUCCUCCUCCUCCUCCUCCUCCCCCUCCUCAACAUUCGCUACGGUGGCUCCUGUAUCCACCACCAAUACACACACUCUAGUCACACCAACAAACAUCAAACCCCCACCAACAACGCCAACGAUGUGGACUCGGUUCAUGCCUGUCCUCAUUGCAAUCGCACCUCCACUUCGUGCAUCGGCCUGGUCGGUCAUUUGCGGGUCUAUCGUACGGAGACUGGCGAACCUGUGUCUGGAGCACCAAUCUACACUCGCCGCACCCGCCUCAAUUGCCCCCACUGCACCCGCACAUUCAUCCACCAUGUGGGCUUAUUAG